AUUUUCCUUCAAUUCAACGUUUCCAUCUCUCCUUUUUGCUCCCCACAGAGCACAAUGGGUGAUCAGGUUGCCAGAGGAGAAGAAUUCGAGAAGAAAGCCGAGAAGAAGCUCAGCGGAUGGGCGCUCUUCAGCUCCAAAUACGAAGACGCCGCUGAUUUCUUCGAGAAAGCCGCCAAUUGCUUCAAGCUCGCUAAGUCAUGGGAUCAAGCUGGAGCGACAUACGUCAAGUUGGCCAACUGUCAUUUGAAGCUGGACAGUAAACAUGAGGCUGCUAGUGCAUUUGCUGAUGCUGGUCACAACUACAAGAAGACAAAUACUAGAGAGGCUGUAUCUUGUCUAGAACAAGCAGUAAACUUAUUUCUGGAAAAUGGGAGGCUGAAUAUGUCUGCAAGAUAUUACAAGGAAAUUGCUGAAAUAUAUGAGCAAGAGCAAAACCUUGAACAGGCCAUUGCGUACUAUGAAAAAGCAGCUGAUCUUUUCCUAAGUGAGGAUGUAUCCACAACUGCAAAUCAGUGCAAGCAGAAAAUUGCACAAUUUUCUGCUCAGUUAGAAAAAUAUCCAAGAGCAAUUGAAAUAUUUGAGGACAUAGCACGGCAAUCUGUUAAUAACAACCUGUUGAAAUAUGGAGUUAGAGGGCAUCUUCUUAAUGCUGGUAUUUGCCAACUAUGUAAAGGUGAUGUUGUUGCAAUUAACAAUGCUUUAGAGAAAUACCAGGAUCUGGAUCCAUCAUUCUCAGGGACAAGGGAGUUCAAACUACUAAGUGAUCUGGCUGCUGCAUUAGAUGAAGAAGAUAUUGGAAAGUUCACUGAUGCUGUCAAGGAAUAUGACAGCAUGACCCAACUGGAUGCUUGGAGGACCACCCUUCUGCUUAGGGUGAAGGAAUCAAUCAAGGCAAAAGAACUAGAGGAGGAUGAUCUUACUUAAACUCGUUUCUUUUGACGGUGGAUGUGAUGUGGACAGUUUGUUGGUUAUAUGAUGAUGAUUUAUUCUAGCGGGUGGUGUAUGGUUUUUAUUGUUCUCACUUACCUACCAAGUAUUUCUGCAUGCUUUAACUUUUGGUUCUUUGGAGUGGAAUAUUUGCGAUGUAUCUUGACCAUUGAGUUUGAGAUUGAUUUAUGCCCUAUUACUGGUUGAAGAUUUCAUCAACUUCUCAUCA